AUGAAGAAAAACCCCAACCAGUUGCCUUCAAGCCUAGAGCUCUACAUCACAGAAGGAGCAAAGCCAGGAUUCAUUUAUCAAGUUGAGGCCUUUGAUCCAGAAGACACAAGCCGAAACAUACCCCUCAGUUAUUUCCUGAUUUCUCCCUCAAAGAGCUUCAGAAUGUCUGGUAAUGGUACACUCUUCUCCACAAUGGAAUUUGACUUUGAAGCAGGCAACAGCAGUUACUAUCUCAUUGUGGAAGCAAGAGAUAGCCAAGGCCUCAAAGCCUCCACAGCGCUGCACGUGAACAUUGUGAACAUCAACGACGAAAUCCCUCGCUUUACCAGCCCAACGCGAGUGUACACGAUUCUGGAGGAGCUGAGUUUAGGGACCAUUGUGGCCAAUAUCACAGCUAAGGACCCUGAUGAUGAAGGUUUUACCAGCCGUCUCUUCUACAGCAUUACUACUGCUAACAACUAUUUUAUGAUAAAUCAAUUGACUGGUACAAUCCAAGUGGCUAACAGGCUAGACCGAGAUGCACAUGAAUUAAGACAAAACCCCACCAUUUCUCUGGAAAUUCUGGUGAAGGAUAGACCCCAAGGGGGCCAGGAGAAUCGCAUCCAGAUCACCUUCAUUGUGGAAGACAUCAAUGACAACCCUGCUGCUUGUGCCAAGUUCACCUUCAGCAUUAUGGUGCCUGAAAGAGCAGCCAAGGGGACGCUGCUUCUGGACCUGAACAAGUUCUGCUUUGAUAAUGACAGCGAAACACCAAACAACAAAUUCAACUUCACCACACCAUCUGGAGUGGGGAGCAGCAGCCGAUUUUUACAGGAUCCAGCUGGCUCUGGGAAAAUUGUGUUGAUCGGUGAUCUAGAUUAUGAAAAUCCAACUAAUGUGGCAUUUGGCAAUAAAUACUCCAUGAUAAUCCAAGUACAGGAUGUUGCCUCUCCUUACUAUAAAAAUAACAUCUACAUUUAUAUCCUAACAAGCCCAGAAAAUGAGUUUCCUCUCAUCUUUGAUAGGCCGUCCUAUGUGUUUAAUGUCUCAGAAGUAAGCUCAGCCAGAGCCCAGAUUGGACAGGUGCAAGCGACUGACAAAGACUUGCCCCAGACCAGCAUCGUGUACUCCAUCGUCACUGGAGGGGCCAGCCUCCAGCACCCAAACAUAUUUUGGAUUAAUCCCAAGACAGGAGAACUCCAGCUAGUGACAAAAGUGGACUAUGAAACUACCUCCACCUAUAUACUCAGAAUCCAAGCCACCAACCACGAGGACACAAGCUCCGUCACUGUUACUGUGGACAUCCUUGAAGAAAAUGAUGAAAAACCAGUAUGUACCCCAAACAGUUCCUUCCUGGCCAUUCCAGUGGAUCUAAAAGUUGGCACAAAUAUUCAGAAUUUUAAGCUGAUGUGUACUGACCUCGAUUCCAGCCCCCGAUCUUUUCGUUACUCCAUUGGCCCAGGCAAUGUCAACAAUCAUUUUGCCUUCUCUCCCAGUGCUGGCUCCAACGUCUCAUACCUGUUGCUUGCGUCUCGCUUUGACUAUACUGGUGGCCUUGAUAAGAUCUGGGACUACAAGCUGCUUGUCUACAUAACAGAUGACAACUUGCUGUCUGGAAGGAAGAAGGCUGAGGCUCUUGUUGAAACAGGGACAGUGACACUGAAUAUUAAAGUUAUUCCUCACCCAACCACAAUCAUCACCACAACUCCCAAGCCUAGGAUCACUUACCUGAUCCAGAGGAAAAAUGCUUAUUCUCCAUCUGCGUGGUAUGUUCCUUUUGUCGUCACCGUGGGCUCCAUGUUGCUUCUGUGUCUCCUGGUGUCCCUGAUCAUCCUGUUGGCAAAAGCCAUUCACAAACACUGCCCCUGCAAGACCAGGAAGGACAAGAAACCUCUGGUGAAGAAAGGAGAAAUGAAGACAGCAAAGAGAGCCACUGUGGUGGAAACAAUCCAUAUGAACACAGUCUUUGAUGGAGAAGCCACAGACCCAGUUACUGGGGAAAUAUAUGAAUUCAAUUCAAAAACUGGAGCCAGGAAAUGGAAAGAUCCAUCAACUCAAAUGCUAAAAUGGAAAGAAUCCAGCCGCCAGGGAACUGCUCCACGCAGGGUCAUUGCUGGUGAGGGGACAAAGCCACUGAGGACCACCGACAAGAAAGCAGAGGGGCUGAGUGGCAAUGAACAGGCUAAGGAUGCAGAUGUGAGUUCCAGAAGUGAGGAUGGCAAGCCUGGCACCCCCAAGAACAGUAGCCCAGCCUUCACAGGCAUGGUGGUUUCCCCUAAGCCACAGCCAGGAAUGGAAAUGGUGUCUGGUGGCCAGGCCUACAACACAGACAGAGGGGGGCCUUGA